AUGAAGAAGCACCACCACAGCUACCACCACCACAGAACAGCUCCAAUGUUCCAAACCAACCAAAGCAAUUGUGCUUUGUUUGCAGGCACUUGGGUCCAAGAUGACGAUUACCCAAUGUACCAAUCUUCUGAGUGUCCAUUAAUCAUAGACCCUGAGUUCAACUGUCAAAUGUACGGCCGCCCAGACACCGGCUACCUCAAGUACAGAUGGAGACCCCUCAAUUGUGAGCUCCCAAGGUUCAAUGGGCUUGAGUUUUUAGACAAAAUGAGAGGGAAAACAGUGAUGUUUGUAGGUGACUCGCUUGGGAGGAAUCAAUGGGAGUCUUUGGUUUGCUUGAUUUACUCUGCAGCUCCUCAAACCCAGACACAAAUGGUCAAGGGAGAUCCACUCUCAACAUUUAGCUUCUUGGACUACGGUGUGACAAUACAAUUCUAUCGAGCUCCGUAUCUGGUCGACAUAGAUAUGAUGCAAGGAAAGAGAGUUCUAAGGCUUGAGGACAUUUCCGAGAACAGCAAGGCGUGGCGGAACGCCGAUGUGCUGUCAUUUAACACCGGUCACUGGUGGAGCCACAAUGGAGCUCUCCAGGGGUGGGAUUACAUGGAAUCAGGAGGAAAAUAUUACCGAGAUAUGGAUCGAUUGGCUGCUUUGGAGAAAGGGAUGAGAACAUGGGCUAAUUGGGUCGACUCAAACAUCGACACCGCAAGGACCCGAGUUUUCUUCCUUUCCAUAUCUCCCACACACUACAACCCAAAUGAAUGGAAUGGGGGAGCAACUCCUACAACCACCAAGAACUGCUAUGGGGAAACAGCACCAAUGACAACGAGUGGAGUAACAUAUCCAGGGACAACAUAUCCAGACCAAAUGAGAGUGGUGGACAAUGUGAUCAGGGGCAUGAGCAACCCUGCAUCUUUGCUAGACAUCACAAUGCUUUCAGAGCUUAGAAAAGAUGGGCACCCUUCAAUCUACAGUGGGGAUUUGAGCCCUCAGCAGAGAGCCAAUCCUGACCACUCAGCAGAUUGUAGCCACUGGUGCCUUCCUGGACUGCCAGACACUUGGAACCAGCUCUUUUACACAGCUUUGCUCUAUUAA